AACGCCUGCUGCGAUAUGAACGAAUCCUUGUUUACGUUUUGAGUUGAUUCAAUUUUUAGUUCAGUUGAAUGUAAAAUGCAAGCAACAAUCACUUGCAAUUUAGUGAAAUUAAUGAAGUUUCUACAAUGUCGCGGCAUUUCCAUCUCUGUCCGGACCUGUUCGUCCUCCGUUGGUAAUCCGGUCAAACAGGAAUGUCCUCCUCAAACCCCGCCGUACCUGACCCUCCACGGCCAGUGGCCAUCGACGGACCGGGCCGCCUUCCUCACCGGCAUGACGGUCCUGCCCAACUUUAUCACCGAAGCCGAGGAGCAAUCGCUGUUGGACGAAAUUGAGCCGUACCUGCGCCGGAUGCGCUACGAGUUUGACCACUGGGACGACGCCAUCCACGGGUACCGGGAGACGGAACGGAAGCACUGGUUCCCCGCGAACCGGGCCAUUUUCGACCGCGUCAAGCAGCUGGCCUUCGCCGGGGAAACGCUGCCCUACAUUCACGUGCUCGAUCUGACCGCCGAGGGCGUCAUCAAGCCGCACGUGGACAGUGUGCGGUACUGCGGGACGACGAUCGCCGGGCUAAGCCUGCUGUCGGACUCGGUGAUGCGACUGGUGCGGACGAACGAUGAGGAGCAGACGAACGCGGAUUAUCGGCAGAUUUUCGCCAGCAAUCGGGAGGACAAGUACUGGUCGGAUGUUUUGCUGGCCAGACGGUCUCUGUACGUUAUGAAGGACAUUGCAAGGUACAAAUUCACCCACGAGAUUCUCGCAGGGCAGGAUUCCAUCUUCAAGGAACAGCACGUGGACAAAGGACGUAGAAUUUCCAUCAUCUGUCGGAACGACCCUUGACCGUAGAGGUGUGACCGCAGUAAAUCAAACAACAUUGUAAAUAAAGUUCGCCACUAGUUA